AUGAAGAAUUUGAGAAGUGUACCUUAUUAUGCUGAACCUAGCAAGCAACAUGACUGUAAAGCGAAAACGCUACACCGUGAAUUUUGUCUGCGUUCCGUUCAUUACUUCAUUUGUCCAGGAGGUUUGGUGGCUCAGACUUCAUUACAUAUAAUGGAUUCUGAUGCUGGGAAUACGUCUCAAGAUGGUAGGGGAACUGAUGACCGUGAUGAAGAUGAUGAUGAUGAAUAUGAAGAUGCUCGUGAUGGCAAUCGUCUUUUGGAAUUCAUGUUUGGAAAUAUCGAUGGGGCUGGUGAUCUUGAUAUUGAUUACCUUGAUGAGGAUGCAAAGGAGCAUCUUGCUGCACUAGCUGACAAGCUUGGUUCUUCACUAACAGAUUUCCAUCUGUCAGUAAAAACCUCACAAACAUCUGCUGAUGUUGCUGAACAAGAUUAUGAUCUGAAGGCUGAAAAUGCAGUUGAUUAUGAAGAUAUUGAUGAACAGUAUGAGGGACCAGAAGUCCAAGCAUUGACUGAGGAGGACUAUCUAUUACCAAAAUCUGAUUAUGUUUCUACAACUGUACCACCUGUUGCCUCAUCUUCAUUGUUUGAUGAUGAAAAUUAUGAUGAAGAUGAAGAAGAGGAAGAAUUACAGAAAGAACUUGAUCGUGUGGAUAAUGUUGACCAAGUUGACCAAGUUCAAAGCCCUUCUUUACCAGUGGUUCCUCAAGAAAAAUGCUCUCCAGAGGAUGUUAGUCCUACAGUUGAAAUAGAAAACUCAGAUCCUGAUGUUGUGGAGCCUCAAAAGGAGGACACAGAUAUGUUGGAAGAGCCAGUUGAAGCUAAAAGUUCAACCCCACUUCCUGUUCUCUGUGUAGAAGAUGGAAAUGUGAUCUUACGAUUUUCAGAAAUAUUUGCUAUUCAUGAGCCUUUAAAGAAAGCUGUAAAGAGGGAACAAUGGUUUUCUGUUCCAAAAGAAAAGUACAAGUCCAUGGAUGUAUCUGAUAUUGUGGAGGAAGAUGAAGAGGCAUUUUUAAAGGGCUCUUUAAAAGGUUUUCCUUAUAUGAGACACACACAUGUAUUUCAAGAUGAUUUAUCGACAUCACAGGAGGAUAAAUUAGACCUUCCAAAAUCUGGGAUUGUUGAUGAAGAUACAACAGUGGCUUCAGAAGUUGAUGAUCAAAGGAAAGACUAUUGUCAUGAUGUUAUCCCAUCCAGUAACAAACUCUUCAGUGAUGAUUAUUUCCCUCUUGAUCAACAAGACUGGGAAAAUAGAAUAAUUUUUGAUAAUUCUCCAGCUGUAAGUGAAACUUCUGGUGGAAGUGAGAUUUCUGGACCUGAAUCUGACUCAUUAUUGAAGUCCAAGACACGGGUUGAGUCGAAAUCAGACGAGGAAGAUCAAGGGUAUUUUUGUCAUUCUGUAGAGCCAUUCGGUUCAAGAAAAUCUCCAAAAUCAUACAGUUCAUCUGAAGAAACCAUAUAUCAUCCCCAACUUUUGAGAUUAGAAUCACGGUUGGAAACAAAUGAUGCUAAAAAAGAUACAACAGUUGAAAGUGAUACCAUUAAACGAUUCAACAAACUCACUUUACGCAAUAAAGAUGUUCUUGAUGGAUCUUGGAUGGAUCGAAUAGUGUGGGACCCGAAUCAAUCUGUUACAAAGCCAAAAUUACUUCUUGACCUUCAAGAUGAACAGAUGCUUUUUGAAAUUUUGGAUAACAAAGAUGGAGAUGAUCUUCAGCUUCAUGCUGGAGCCAUGAUCACAAGUCGGUCUGCUGAGUCAGCACCAGAUUCAUUGGAGCUAUUACAUGGUUAUGGAGGCGGGAGAUUUAAUAUAGCUAAUGACAAAUUCUAUUCCAACAGGAAAUCUUCCCAACAGUUGAAAUCACAUUCCAAGAAACGCACAUCACAUGGUGUUAAAGUCUUGCAUUCAAUACCUGCUCUCAAGCUACAGACAAUGAAAGCCAAACUUAGCAAUAAAGAUAUAGUCUAUUUUCAUAGGCCAAAAGCUUUAUGGUAUCCUCAUGAAAAUGUGGUGGCACUUAAAGAACAAGGAAAGCUGCUUACAAAAGGGUCAAUGAAAAUUGUAUUGAAAAGCUUGGGAGGGAAAGGGAGCAAGCUUCAUGUAGAUGCUGAGGAGACUAUUUCAUCUCUCAAAGGAAAAGCUACCAAGAAGCUUGAUUUUAAACCAAGUGAACCUGUGAAAAUUAUAUACUCUGGAAAGGAGCUUGAAGAUGAAAAAUCUCUUGCUGAACAAGAUGUUAGACCAAAUUCUUUGCUGCAUCUUGUUCGUACAAGAAUACAUUUAUUACCAAGGGCUCAAAAACUUCCUAGUGACAACAAGUCCUUACGCCCUCCUGGAUCUUUUAAAAAGAAAUCAGAUCUUUCAGCUAGAGAUGGUCAUUCUUUUCUAAUGGAGUAUUGUGAGGAAAGGCCUUUACUCCUUGGAAACCCUGGAAUGGGUGCUCGAUUGUGCACUUAUUACCAAAAAUCAAGUCCUGGUGAUCAAACAGCCACCCAAUUGCGUAGUGGGCCCAACAAUUUUGGAAACAUUCUUACACUCGAUCCAGCUGAUAAAUCCCCUUUUUUAGGAGAUAUAAAGCCUGGUUCAACUCAAUCAUGUCUUGAAACAAAUAUGUACAGAGCUCCAAUUUAUCCACAUAAACUCUCAUCCACUGACUAUUUACUCAUUCGCUCUCCAAAGGGAAAGCUCUCGUUAAGACGCAUUGACCGGAUUUACGUUGUUGGUCAACAGGAGCCUCACAUGGAGGUGAUGUCCCCUGUAUCAAAAGGUGUUCAGAUGUAUAAUAUGAAUAGGCUUCUGGUGUUUAUGUAUCGUGAGUUUCGUGCUCUUCAAAAACGUGGCUUGACACCUGCCAUUCGUGCCAAUGAGUUAUCUGCACAGUUUGCAAAUGUAGCUGAAGUUUCUUUAAGGAAGAGGUUAAAGUUAUUCUGUGAUUUUCAGAGGGGCUCAUGGGUUAUGAAGCGAAAUUUCCGUAUUCCAUUAGAGGAGGAGCUUAGAAGAAUGGUGACACCAGAAAAUGUGUGUGCUUUUGAAAGCAUGUUAGCUGGAAUGUACAGACUGAAACGUCUAGGAAUCAGCAUGACUCAUCCAUCUGGUCUCUCCUCUGCAAUGAAUCAGCUUCCUGAUGAAGCAAUUGCUUUAGCUGCUGCGUCCCACAUCGAGAGAGAAUUACAAAUAACUCCCUGGAAUUUAAGCAGCAACUUUGUUGCUUGUACAAAUCAGGAUAGAGGAAAUAUUGAGAGAUUGGAGAUUACUGGUGUUGGUGAUCCAUCUGGUAGAGGAUUAGGAUUUAGUUAUGUUCGAACUGCUCCCAAGGCUCCAGUUUCAAAUGCCAUUGCAAAGAAAAAAGUUGCUAUAAAUAGAGGAGGAUCUACAGUCACUGGAACUGAUGCUGAUCUUCGUAGAUUAAGCAUGGAUGCUGCAAGAGAAGUGCUUAUUAAGUUCAAUGUUCCAGAAGAACAGAUUGCAAAACUUACAAGGUGGCAUCGGAUUGCAAUGAUCCGGAAGCUUUCAAGUGAACAAGCUGCAUCAGGAGUAAAAGUGGACCCCACAACCAUAAGCAAGUAUGCACGUGGUCAAAGGAUGUCUUUCUUGCAGCUUCAACAACAAACACGAGAAAAAUGUCAGGAGAUUUGGGAUAGACAAGUUCAAAACCUGUCUGCUGUUGAUGGUGAAGAAAACGAAAGCGACAUUGAAGCACAUAGUGACCUUGAUUCGUUUGCAGGGGAUCUUGAGAACCUUCUAGAUGCUGAAGAAUGUGAUGAAGGUGAAGAGGAUAAUAAUAAUUAUGAUUCUAAUAACUUGGUGGCUGGUGUUAAAGGUCUUAAAAUGAGACGCAUGCCUUCACAAGCUCAAGCUGAUGUGGAAAAUGAAGAUGAAGCUGCUGAAGCUGCUGAGUUAUGUAGAAUGCUCAUGGAUGGAGAUGAUGAGGCGGAUAGGAAGAAGAAAAAAGUGAAAGAUACAGGAGCAACUCCUAUGUCAAAUCAUAAUAUGAAAAAUAAGGAGAGGUUGAAGGGACUCAACACACCUGUGAAAACUAUGUCUGGUGUUACACGACCUGAUGGAUCCUUUUCUAUAAAUGAUAAUGCUGUGAAGUCAUUAAAAGAUGAUGAAAUGUUUCCUUACAGGAAGAACUUUUCUGGAAAGAUGAAACCCAAAAAGAAGGAUGAUGAACAAGUUGGUGGUUUGCUGAAUAAGAAGCUUAGAAUUUUGAAUGAUGGCAUGAAUAUUAUGAAGGUUGGAAAUACAAAGAAAAAUGCAAGAGAGAGUUUUGCAUGUGGAGCUUGUGGUCAGUUUGGUCACAUGAAAACCAACAAACACUGCCCCAAGUACAGAGAAAAUUCCAACAUUCAAAUCGAAAGCAAAGAUCCCGAAAAAGGGCCCACAAAAUCCACAGGUUUAGGUUUAGAAUCAAUCACCAAAUCCCAACCAAAAAACACCAUAAAAAAGAUGAUACAAAAAAGCGGGUCAAAACUUGCAGUCAUCGAACCUCAACCUCCACAAGAGGAGGAAAAAACCUCUUUAAAAGCCAAAGUCCUCAAAGUCAAAUGUGGGCCCGCAAACAGCAACAAAAUCCCGGAAAAACCCACUCCCAGCACCUCACAAAUCUCCGACAAACCCGUAACCUCAGACACCGAAACAGUCAACAAAUCUUCAAUCAAAGUCAACAAAAUCAUAUUCUCCAACAAAACAAAAAGCGAAGAUAUCCAACCGGAAUCCCAUAAACCCGCAGCCUCCCUCGUAAUCCGGCCACCGGAAAGUCACCGGAAUCCUCCACCACCACCGCAACCCCGGAAAACAAUCGUCAUCAAACGCCCGAAAGAAGUCUUUGACUUUGACCAGGUCAGUCAAAGUCAAGAAGUCAGCCCGGUAACCGAGCCUCGAAAAACCAAAAGAAUCACCGAAUUAUCCGGUUUCCAAAAACAUCCUCGAUCAAAUAAAUCAAAAGAUCAUCAUCAUCAUCAUCAUAAUCAUAAUUCCCAAAUUUGGGAAGAAGACCAACACGCGCUAAGAAUUGCCGAGAGACAAAGGCUAUUAUACGAAGAACAACAACAACAAGCACAGCAAGCGAGAAAGCUAGAAGAACAAGAGAGAGUGGCGGAGAUUAGGCGGUUCGAAGAGGAUAUAAAACGCGAAAGGGAGGAGGAGAGGCGGCAACGUGAGAAAAAAAAGAAAAAAAAGAAAAUAUUUUUCGAACCAAGGAACGAGUAUCUCGAGGAGACUCCUCGACCCAGGCGAGACGACCGCCGGGUCCCGGAGCGCGACCACCACCGCACCGCAAAACGGAAGCCCGUCGUCGAAUUAGGCGGGCGGUUCGGGGCGGAGUAUGCCCCGACCGUGAAGCGGCGUAGGGGCGGAGAGGUGGGUUUGGCGAAUAUACUGGAGAAGAUUAUUGACACGUUAAAAGCAAACAAUGUGUCGUUUCUUUUCUUGAAACCCGUGACUAAAAAGGAAGCGCCAGAUUACCUUCGGAUAAUAGAUCGGCCAAUGGACUUGUCAACAAUGCGGGAGAAAGUGAGAAGAUUGGAGUAUAAAAGCCGGGAUGCGUUCAGACAUGACAUGUGGCAGAUAACAUUCAAUGCUCAUAAAUAUAACAUUGGAAGAAAUCCGGGUAUUCCUCCGCUUGCUGAUCAGCUCUUGGAGCUUUGUGAUUUUUUGUUAUCGGAAUAUGAUGCGGUUUUGAGUGAAGCGGAAGCGGAUAUAGACGAAUGAAUGAUUUUAUGUUUUGAUUAUUUAUGUAUGUAGAAAAUUUGUAUAUUUUUACCCUGUUAUGUAGUUUAGGUUUAUGGGUAAACACAGGAAUUUUUUAACUUCCUUUUUUUGGUGGUGGGUUGGUUUAUUUAGUGGUGAAUUUUGUAUAUAUGGUAGGA